ACACUUGUGGGAAAAAUGGGUCGGACGAGCAUAGCAAUGGCCAUAGAAGAUUUCUAUUCCAUCCAUGAGAACUACACCACAAGGCUAGUAAUCCACACGAAGGAUUCCGACAGCGAUGAUGUUCAAGCUGCAUCAGCAGCUCUCGACAUGCUUGAAAACCAAAAGGUUCAAGCCAUCGUUGGCCCACAAAAAUCUUCACAAGCAGUUUUCAUCUCAGAUCUUGGCAACAAAACCCAGGUUCCAAUCAUCUCCUUCACAGCGACAAGCCCCUCUCUCUCGUCUCUCCACACGCCAUACUUCAUACGCACAACAUUGAACGACUCUGCUCAAGUGAACAGCAUUGCCUCCAUCAUCAAAGCCUUUGGAUGGAGAGAGGUGGUUCUCAUCUACGAGGACACCGACUACGGAAGGGGCAUCAUACCGUACCUUAUCGAUGCCCUCCAAGGGAUCAACACUUGUGUGCCAUACCGCAGCGUAAUCCCCCUAUCGGCAACCAAUGACGAGAUCAUGGAGGAACUCUAUAAGUUAAUGUCCAUGCAGACAAGGGUGUUCAUUGUGCACAUGUCAUUCUCUAUAGGAUCACUACUCCUCUCAAAAAUCAAAGAGGCGGGAAUGAUGAGCAAAGCGUAUGCAUGGAUCAUAACGGACGGUCUCACAAACAUUGUGGACUCACUCAACCCUUCCAUAGUAAGUUCAAUGCAAGGAGCUUUAGGUGUUAAAGCGUAUGUGCCCACGUCGAGGGAUAUUGAUAACUUCGCCCAAAGAUGGAAGAGGAGAUUUCAACAAGAUAACCCAGAUGAUCAGCAGGUUGAACUGAGCAUUUUCGCUACACAAGCUUACGAUACGAUUUGGGCAUUGACGAUGGCAGCAGAGACAAUUGGAACUACAAAUCUAAGCUUUGAGAGGCCUAAAGUUUCUAAGAACUCGACAUACUUGGAGACCUUGGGGGUGUCUAUAAACGGUCCAAAGCUUCUAAAGACGAUCUUAAACAGCAAAUUUAGGGGUCUAAGUGGAGAUUUCAAUCUUAUAGAUGGGCAGUUGCAGUACUCCACAUUCCAAGUAAUCAAUGUGGUUGGAAGAGGAAGCAGAGAAAUUGGAUUUUGGACUGCAGAACACGGAUUAUCAAGACAACUAACCCGGGGUAACAACAAGACAUAUUCGGCCUUGAUGUCAGAUCUAAAUCCCGUAAUUUGGCCAGGGGAAUCAACUGAAGUGCCAAAGGGAUGGGAAAUUCCGGUAAGUGGGAAAAAGCUUAGGAUUGGUGUUCGAAAUAGUGGGUAUCCCGAGUUUAUGAAGGUGGAAAUAGAUCCAACAACGAAAAGGACGACGGUUGGUGGCUACUCUAUCGAUGUAUUUGAAGCAGCGAUGAGGAGAUUGCCUUAUGCAAUCCCUCACGAGUACAUUCCUUUUAACUCCGGGACCUACAAUGAUUUUGUCUAUCAGGUUUAUCUUCAGAAAUUUGAUGCAGUUGUGGGGGACAUAACAAUCAGGUAUAACAGGUCAGCCUAUGUCGAUUUUACGGUGCCAUACACCGAAUCAGGCGUUGCAAUGAUUGUACGAGUGAAGGAUGAUAUAAAUAAGAAUGCAUGGAUUUUCGUGAAGCCUUUCACGAUCGACCUAUGGUUAGGAAGCUUAGCAUUUCUUCUUUACACCGGAUUUGUCAUUUGGGUGAUGGAGCACAGAAUCAACUGGGAGAAGGUCGAGUACUUUUUGUCUAAAAUUGUGGUUAUUAUCUGGGUGGCCGCAGUCCUCAUACUCAAAUCAAGUUACACUGCCAGCUUAUCCUCAAUGCUCACGGUACAGAAACUCCAACCAACUGUGACUAGCGUGCACGAUCUCCUAGAGAAUGGUGAUUAUGUCGGAUACUAUAACGGAUCCUAUGUAGAGGGUCUAUUGGAGCAACUCAAUUUCGACAAAUCGAAGAUUAGAGCCUACGAUACUAGCGAUGACUUUGCUGAGGCCCUUUCUAAAGGAAGCAAGAAUGGCGGUGUUGAGGCGAUUGUCCACGAGAUCCCAUAUAUCAAGUUGUUCCUUGCACAACACUGCACAGGGUACACAAUGGUUGGACCAAUUUAUAAGACUGAAGGAUUCGGAUUCGUAAGUUCUAUUGUCCCUCUUCCUAGUUAUGUAUUUGCAGCUUUCCCAAAAGGUUCGCCUCUAAUCCCUGACAUCUCAAGGGAGAUCCUGAACAUAACGGAGGGUGACACUAUCAUUCAAAUAGAAAAGAAGUGGAUCGGAGAUCAAAAUUCUUGCCUAAAUGAAGGCAGUGUUGUGCGCUCCAACAGUCUCUCCUUUCGCAGCUUUUGGGGACUAUUCCUUGUCACUGGAGUAGCUUCGACUUGCUUCCUGUUGAUAUUCUUAAUUAUUUUCUUCUGCAAGAAUUGGCACGAGAUGACAAGUAUUAACCGCAACAAGUCUUUCUGGCAACAGCUCAUUUCGUGGUUAAGAUAUUACGAUAAGAGCGAUCUCAAUUCCAAUAAUAAUGGGAGGGGUAUGUUGCAUAAUCCAAAUGGUCGUAAUCAUGUAGACUGCACGAAUAUUGAAGUCAUGCCCUACAAUCACAAUGUGAAGGAUGAGUCGAGCAUUUCGGAGAAUUCAAAUUCCAACCUGCCCCAUCCAGAAGAAUUCUCCAUUGAACUCACAAAUGCAAGUUCAGAAGAUCAAUCAGUUUCUAUCAUUGUAACUAGCGAAUUAUCAGAUCAAGCCAUCACAACUAGUUAA